AUGUCUAAAGUUGUUUUUAUUUACCUUUUAGGUCCACGCAUUGGCAUCCGUCACAUUCAGACACUGUUGCUUUUUCUUAACAUAGUUGUUGUGUACAUGAGUCGCCUGAAUAUAUCUGUCGCUGUAGUGGCGAUGACAAAUGCCGAAAGUACAAAUCCCAAUUUUCCGGAAUUUGAUUGGACCACAAAACAAAAGUCCUACAUCAUAUCCAGUUUCUACUGGGGUUAUGUAAUUACACAAUUUCCUAGUGGCUAUUUAUGUCGACGUUUUGGCACAACUCCUGUGAUGCUCAUCUGCACUUUCGUAUCGGCGGUGUUCAGUUUACUUACACCAUUUCUGGUGCAGUGGGGAGACUGGCAGGUAUACUGCGCCAUUCGUAUAAUACAGGGUCUCUUUCAGGGUACACUUUUCCCAGCUGUUCAUGAGCACAUCGCCAAAUGGUCGCCGCCAUCGGAACGUAACACGAUGGGUGCGCUUACAUACUCAGGCAUGGAUUGUGGCACUGUGUUGGCUAUGCUUGUAAGUGGUUUGAUAGCCAGUAGUCCUCUAGGCUGGCCCGGUAUUUCAUAUAUCUCAGGUGGUAUUUCUUUUGUUUGGUGCGCGCUGUGGUUUACACUGGCUGCUAAUAAUCCACCAUCGUCUCGUUUUAUAACCGAUGAAGAGUGUGAGUACAUUGAGAAGUCAAUGAAGCGUGAUGAAGAUUUCCAUAAGAAGAGAAUACCGGUACCAUGGUUGGCUAUUUUCACAUCGGUGCCAUUCCUCGCACUAAUCGUUGUACGUUGUGCCGAAAUAUGGGGCUUCAGCACCAUGCAAACGCAGAUUCCUUCGUAUUUAAAUGGUGUCUUCGGCAUGAAUAUCGUCAGUAAUGCUCUCUUCUCGACCAUACCCUACAUUGCUCGUUGGAUUAUGUCUUAUGUGUAUCUGAUAUUCGGAAAUAUGGCUGUGAAUAGGGGUUGGUUGUCACUGACGGCAAUGCGUAAAAUAGCCAAUACAAUGGCUUUGUGGCUGCCUGCUCUCCUCAUGGUCGGCAUUGGAUAUCUGGGCGAUACAAAUGAAGCACUCGCUAUUGCAUUAAUGACCUUGAAUGUAAGCUUACAUGCUGGCGCAACCAUGGGCUGUGUACUCAGUGCAAUCGACUUGUCACCGAAUCAUGCUGGUGUUGUAAUGGGAAUAGUAAAUCCAAUGGCGAAUGUGAUACCUUUAAUAUCUCCGCUGGUUGCAGGCGUUAUAGUCACAGAUGAGCACAAUCGCUAUCAGUGGCAAACUAUAUUCAUAAUCUCAGCAGCUAUAUUCUUUUUUGGCAAUUUGAUAUUCCUAAUAUUCGGCACGGCUAAGGUGCAACCAUGGGAUGCACCCGAUUACCUAUUAAAAGAUAACGUAGAGCAAGCAAAUGAAAAGGCAACGAAGGGCAGCGCAGAGGCCUCAAAUGAUAAUUCAAGGGAUAAAGUGGGCAAAUCGACGUCUGAUUUAAACUAA